UACAAUAUUAGUAUGAUUUGUAUUACAGAUCUAUGAUUUACUAUCCUGUACGGAGAAACAUUCCCUUAGUGAGAUAGUUACAUCCCAUUACAUCAGUACAUGGCAAGUUAAUGUGGACAAUACUGUUAAUUCUCACUGUGAUUGUAGUCAGAGUACGUAGAAUUCUGGAUUGAACAUUGGCACUUCAUGUGUUUACAUCGUUUACUACGUUCCUGACUUGUGACAUUACUGAUAAAGGCCAUACUGCACAUACUCUAUAUACAUAGUUGUUAUUUAGUGACAGUUCUUUGGAAAUAUAGGAUUAACAGAUACAUACAUAAAGUGCUUUGUAAAGUAAUUGGUAUAAAUAGCUGUAAGAUACCACACCAGAGAGACAUCAGCCUCACUGAGUGACAGAUUUACUCUGUAAUACUACAGAUUAGAGAAUGAAUUUUGGAGGAUGAUUAAAAAUAAAAUUUGAAGACAACUGUUUCAUCAAAUGGAGAAAGUGGAUUAAAAAUUCAAAAAUGUGGAAAUUGGUGUAUUUAACGGAUUUGUUUAUUUGGUGGUGGCUUAUUAUUUCCAUAGUAACAGGAGAUUUACGGAUUCGUGUGCCUUUGACCAACCAGGAAGUUACACAAGGAGAAACUGUAAAAUUUGUGUGUGAUGUAGUAACAAGCCCAGGGGAAACAGAUAAAGUCUUCAUUCGAUGGAAAUUUAAUGAAGAAGUUAUAAAACCUAGUAAAUCUAGUAGAUUCAACAUUUUAGGAGAUGGUCAGACUUUGAAGAUACAGAAUGCUCACAAAACUGAACAAGGGGAUUAUACGUGUAUAGCAUCAAUACGCAAAAUGAAAGACAGAUCAACAGCAAGGCUUAUUAUAAAAACAACUCCUUCACCACCAAAGAAUAUAGAGUUGGUGACAUGUAUGGGUCACAAAGCUGACCUGGUAUGGGAGGAUGGGGAGGAUGGUGGUGAUGUUAUUAAAGGUUAUCUAGUGCAAUAUAACACAUCAGUUAAUCCAAAUUAUUGGAAUCAUAACUAUGAAGAGAUUUCAAAGUCAGCACCAGAGCCAAGAACUAUAGAUUUGUCUCCUUGGGGGACUUACUCCUUCCGUGUUUUAGCUAGAAACUCUAUAGGAUACAGUGAGCCAAGUUUACCUACAAAAAGUGAGUGUCGGAUUCCUCCAGGUCAUCCAGAUGGAAAUCCUGAAAAAGUGGGAACAAAAACCGAUAAAAAAUAUAAACUUGUCAUCACUUGGGAGCCUAUGCCUAGAUUAGAACACAACGGUCCAGGUUUUCGUUAUCACGUAUUCUGGCGACCUAAAGGUAGUACCUACUGGAAGAACAUGACAGUCUGGGACGAGAAUGCAGAUGAGUUAGAGUUAGAUGUAAAUGAUAUAUAUGGAUUAUAUGAAGUUAAAGUGAAAGCUGUCAAUGAUAUAGGAGAGUCUUAUCAACCUGCUUUUAUUAUACUAGGUCAUUCAGGAGAAGCAGAACCUUUGUUGUCACCUAAAGAUUUUCGUUUGGAUCCUAUGCAGCCAAUACAACCUCACAAAGCUCACUUUAUCUGGGAAUCUGUAGACACAUCUCAAGAUAAAAUAAGGGGAAGAUUUAGGGGUUAUAAGUUACGUUACUGGAAGUCUAGUGAAGGUCGACAUAAAUGGGAGGAAGUUGAUGUUAUUGUAGAGACCAGUGAUGAUAUGUAUCUCCGUGAUGUCAGAGCUGCCAUAAGUGGACUGCCAGCAUAUACAGCACUCAGGGCCCAAGUUUCUGUGAUGAAUGACCAUUAUACAGGGCCACCUAGUGCUACAAUAGACUUUUCAACACCAGAAGGAGUUCCAGGACCAGUUAGACACCUACAUGAACACAGAAUUGGUUCUACAUAUGUUGUAUUAAAAUGGCUGCCACCAGAGGAGCCUAAUGGCGUAUUAAUGGGAUAUGAUAUAGGAUACCAACCAAUUAAGUCCUCUCAAGUUGGUAAUGUGAUAUUCCUUGAACCAAAAAUUUCCAACCCAUCAGUAUUAAGAGCUCAAAUCAAAGGAUUGAAAGCCGAUCAUACAUACAGAUUCCUUGUGUGGGCUCGGACACAGACAGGUAGAGGAGAACCUAGCUUUAUAGAUGUUGAAACAACAAAUUCAAGACCUGGUAUCCCUCACCCUAUUGUGUCAGCAGUAGAUAGAACCAGUUUUAACAUCACAUGGAGACCAGAACACUUUCAGCGUGAUGUCCAGUACUUCUUAGAGUAUAAAAGAGAAGGAGAAAUAGAUUGGGAGAAAACAAAGCCAGAAUUUUUAAAAUCCUGGAAAGUAGUGAAUGGUCUGAGAUCAAACACAAAGUACCAAGUUCGUCUUGUAGCCAUGAAUAAAUUUGGUGAGACAACAUACAGUAAAAAUUUUCCAGUUUUCACAGAUGCUACAGCAUAUGGUGAUGGUGCACAGAAAAGUUAUGAUGCUUCUAUUGGAAAGUAUGAAAGUUUCAAUAAUCACAACAUUGCUAAAAGACAUCAUUUAUCAGUGAUUUGUGCUAUAACGACAGUUUUGACUGCUUUUAUCACAGUCUUUCAACGAUAGCGUCUUGCCAUAUCAUAACACUUCUGUUAAAAAAUCAUGGUUGUGACAAUGUUGAAUUUAAUAUUCCAGCUGAGAAGUUAUCACGGCUCUGUAGUGACAAAUGUAGUUGCAUAGUUCAGCGAAUUAGUGAAAGAAGUUCAGAGUAGAUUGUUUAUUCUUGUUAACGGUUGUGAAAUUCUCUCAGAUAACAGUAUAUCUGAAAGAUUAUUGUAUUGUGUGAGAUAGAAAAUUAUAGAUUUUGUGAUAUUAUACAUGUCAUUCAAUUUAAGGAAGACACAGUAUGAAGAUCAAGAUUAGGACAUGUUAUUGAUGAGGAGGUUCAAGAUAAGAACUUUAUGCUUACAUUUCUAGUCAGUUUUUGAUGGCAAAUUCAAUUUAAUACUGAUAACAAUUAAUGUGACAUUAUACAGAAAACCAAGAAUACUCCUCUAGACGCUGAGACAGAGACAUAUCCCAGUAAUAUUACUAGUUACCUAUGAUAUGUCAUUUUAUUCAACAAUUUGUAAAAUUGAAAUCUUAAUUUAGAUAAUCAUUUCAGCUAAUUCAUGUAGUCUAUUGAUAAUCUGUGCACAAUGCUGAUUUCAGAUGAUUAUAGAAUAUGUAAACCAUUGCUCAUUUGUGCCAUAUAUAAUGAACAUUGUAAAUUAUCAGGUUGUGAAUGUAUAUAAAUAUAUAAUGUCUAGUCACAUUAUCACAAUGAAGCCAAUCAUAUCAAAAUGUUGAGAUUACUUUUUGUGUUGAUGUUGUUUUAGUCGCGUGAUUGUGUAAAGAAAGAUAUGCUAGAACUCUUGUUUAUGUUCUAAAAGGUAACACUCUUAAUAGAAAUGGCUUCCAAAUAUUUUAUCAUUCAUGAUUUAGUUAGAACAUAACAUAACAUGUUCUUCUCUAAGAAAUAUAGAUUCCACCACUGCAUCAAGUGUGUAACAAUAUUUCUCCACUCGAGACAGUUUAAUUUUAUAAUUUAAAACAUGAGGCUUGCCAAGCUUUUUAAAUAUUUAACUGUUGAGAGUGGAAAAUUUUCAUAAUACAUGAGAUAUAGUGGUGGAAUCUGUUUCUCUGAUGAUUUUAAGACAAUUUCUAAACAAGUUUAUCCUUCCUCUUCAAAGAUUUUGCAGAAAGUUGUGUUCUUUAUAUGUGACGUCAUCAGGCAUGGUUGCUUUUUUUCAUGACAUCACAAUAGGAAAUUAAGAAGAAAUCAAGAAAAUUUGACGUCAUAAUUGAAAUUUCGACCAAGAACAAAGUUUUCCCUAGAGAUGAGAAAUAUUUUUCUCAUACCGAUCAAGAAGUGAAAAAAGCAUGGAAAUUACAGAAAGGACAUUUUUUAAUCCUUGACUCAUUUUGGCAUACCAUAUUAUAUAAUAUAGAUUCUUACCAUUACUAUAGGUUAAAGCAUGAAUUAUAAAAAAAAAAACGUUGCAUAAUAUUUUUGAUAAUUUUGUCAUACAUAGUAAAAAAAACUGAUUUUAAUUUUUAUUUCUUUUUAAAUACCAAAUGUUUUCAUAUUGAACUAUCAUUGGGUUCUAGGAAUAUUUGAUUUCAUUCUAACAUUAUCAUGUAGCAAAGUGCUCAAGCUUUCAUUCAUCCACUUUAACAUGUAAACAUUCCAGUAGACUGGAAAAACAUGCAGAAUACAUUUUCAUUUGUAGAAUACUAGAUCCAGGGGAUCUUUUCAUAAAAAAUCUUACUACAAAAAAUGAUUGUAAGUUAUACUGAAAUGUCCAUGUCUUGUGGGUAUUUUUUCUCGUAAGAUUUUUUGUGAAAUUGGUCGCUGUCCUACACCCACCAAGUUUCGAUGACCACCAAUAUGCAUAUUUAGCGACAUCUUACAAUUGCUAAACAUUAGAUUUAAAGCUUUUAAUCAUAAAUACACAGACAUACCAAUCUGGAGCAAAGUGUUUUACCAAUUAUCAUGGAACAUAUUUUUAAAAUGUUUUAUAUGUUUUUGACAUUCGUUUCUUAUUAAGUUGUAAGAUAUUCACUGUAUAGAAAUUUGUUUAGAAUUUUAUUAUAAAUAUGUAUAUAAUUAUAGAUGUAGAAAAUGUAUGGGUGAGAAUGAAAGACUAGGUCUUCAGCUUUAUGUUUAUAAUGUGAUAAAAUUUUACAUGAGAUUAUACUCAUGUUGUAUAGGGGUCAAUGCAUUAUUCAGCACAGUAAACCCUUUCUGUUUUUACACCCUUUUGAUCUGAUGUCAUCACUAAUAACCACAUUUUGUUUAGUCCCAUAAUUAGAGUAUCACAAAAAAUAUUAAUAUCUAAAAAUGUACUCAUGUAAAAUAAUAAUAAUACACAUUUGACAAGAAGUACCAUGGGAAAAUUCUCGCAAAAUAAAACUUAUUUAAAAACAAAGUUUUAUAGAUGUACACUUAAUUCAUCAUUAUUUUUCAUGUAAAUAAUUUCCUCAUAUCUUUUGAAAACUUGAUUAAUACAUGAGAAAUUUCAUGUUAAAGAAAGUGCAUUAAAAGUAUAUGAAAAUUCAGUUGUGAAGGGACGAGAGGUAACCACUUCAUAUGAGAAUCUGAAUAUCUGUAUAUUUCCUGGUUGUGCAUAAAGUAAAUAUUAUAUUUUCAUCUAACAAAGUUAACGAUGAACAUAAUUGUAUAUGUUAUAUGUAUAUUAUGUGUAUAAAAUUUCCAUUCCAAUUCUAUGUCUAAGGGACAUAACUCUAUGGGGAAUCAUUUUAUUUUGUGCCAAAUAUGUUUACUGAGAUUUCUUAUUGAGUUAUUGUUACCUUUUAUGUUAUAAAUGUUAUCAUUGUAGCACAGCAUUUGUAAGAGGUUAAUAUUCAGGUCACUGUUGCAUCGAUUCUGUACUCGGAACAUGUAAACGUUUGUUAUGUGAUAAUCAGCUCAGAUUUAACAUUGUGAUAAUUUCAUAAUGUAAAUACAGUUAGGUCAGUGUAUGCACGCUGUUUCUGUCCUUAGAGCUUGCUUAAAAAAAUUUAGACUAAAGAUACAAACGAAUUCCACAAAGUGUACCCAGCCUUUAAUAUUGAGUUGAGCACUUUAAGAGGAAGUGCCUAUUCAUAUUAUCUAGACUGCCAGUAAUGAUAAUAAAAUAUUAUUUUAAAGUAGUACAGCUUAUAGAAUUUAUAGUAGUAUAAGAAUAAGAAUCUACCAUUUUGAGUUCCAACUACAAGUCAUAGAUUAAAUUCUAUCAUUCCCAUGAUAGCAGUGCUAAAAUAUUUUACUUAGUUCCCAGAACACAUUUCUUGUUCCUUUUUAUUGUGAUUUAUUAGAUGACUGAUGAUUGAUACUUUUUUGUUGAAUACUUGUCUACCCAAGUUUUAUAUUUUUAAAUGAAAAUAGUUCUUCAUAAGAAAUAUCAGUUGAAUUUUUACAUUGCUUUCAUCUAUACAAACAGUAUGGAAAUAUAAAAGAUUUCAACCAUUGAUUAAUAUUUAACCUUAAUAAUAAUAGAAUAUCCGAAAGACUUGAGAGGUCCGUCAUUUGGGGUAUUUCCACAACUCCUUUGAUUAUUAAUGUCCAUGAAACAGAUUUGUUGCAGCAGCUGUUUCAUCUGUUCCAUAAAGCCAUUGUUUUUUUAUGAAAAAAAGCUUAUUGUAAUGUUAGUAGAUUGAUUUAAAAAAUCCUAUUUGUUUAGUUGUAUGAAAGUAUUAUUUAAUUGUGCAAUAUUUUGUAUUAUCUUGUCAGUGCAAUAUUGUUAUGUUUAAAAGCUGUUCCAUUGUAGCAGCUAGGCUUACUAUUAAAUAUAUAAAAGAUGUUUAACUCCAAUAGAAUUAUCAGAACACAGGGUUAUUAUAGGUUUAUUGUUUUAUAAUAAGAAGAUAGCUGAUGGUUUCUAAUUUAGCCGAAAAACAGAACAAUUCACUGGUACUGUGGGUUCAUUAUUAUUUGUUUGAUAUCAAUAUUCCGGGAUAUAGGUUUAUCACAAAUUUAAAUCUUCAACGAUGUACAAAUUUUCUGUAGGCUUGUAUGGAGACUUUGGCAAAACCACAAAAUACAGUAUCCCGGAAAUACAGUUUUUCUUCAAUCAACAAAAAUUGGUAUCCACAAAAAUAAAGGAAUUCACAGCAUUUAUUGUGUCAUUUUCUUCAAACAUUUUCAUAAAAUCUUCAAAAUUCUUCACCAUCUUAGAUCCAUUUGCCUACUCGGAAUGGAACAGCUUCAGAAUCCAUUAUAAUAUUAAUUAUUGACCUUCAAUUCUAUGUUCAGCAUUUCAUGACCAAUUUUUGUUGUGAUAUCCUGUUUUGAAUCAAAUGUUUUCUUAGUUUGAUUAUCUUGUUACAUGUUAUAAUGUUCAAAUAUUAUUUUCAGAUGUAUCUCAGAUUCAUUUAGUUCAAAUAUUCCCUCAUAUGAUAAGUGAUGUAUUACUUGGUCAUCAUGAAUUUGUCAUUAUUUGAUUAUCUUUUUUCUAUGAAUACAUGUCUAUUUUCUUUCAUUUCCUUAUUGCUGACAAUGCACAAAAUUGCUUUGAUAUUCCAAUCUCCAAGAAAAGGCAAAUAGUUUCCAUUUUUUUUUAUAUCUAGUAUAGAUUGAAGUACUUCAGUUUAUAACAUUUCUCAUAAAUCUGCAGGUUAGGGAAUAAAAAAAAUAAAAGUCUGAACAACAAACUGUUUGUCGAAGCCUCCAUGUUUUUGACAAAUUCAUGAUGACUUAGUACACACUUUAUGUUAUAAAUCAUGUUGGUGUUUGUUUUGUAUAUCUUGGGUCAAAUGAUUCAUGUGUAGUUAAAACUCAUCUCACAACAAAAUAAAAUGACACAAAAUACUGA